ACAGUACAUCAUUUGAUGGAUGAAGUACCUAGUAUAGUCAUUGCUUAAUUAUAUACCAUAGUGAAAACUAGAAGAACGGAUCGAAGAAUAGGAUCGACGAUCGAACAACACUACAAUAAUUUUGCAAACUGAAGUAAAAUACAUGACACCAAUAAUUACUGCUAUCGUCUUAACUGUUCCACCAGGCAUUGUGAAUUUACUAGGUGUGUUAGUUCUGCUUAUCUAUAUGCUCGUACAACACACCAAUGCAAUGAUAGCUCGGGCUAAGUAUAAUGAAUUUAUGUGAAAAGGUGUCAAGUACCUAAGUUUAAAUUAAAAUGUUUAAAAAACUAAAGGACAAAUUGGCUGAGGAGGUGAAAUCAUCGCCCCAGAGGAUUCAGCAGUUUGCCCAGGCUGCUCAGGCUGCUGUCACAUCUGCCUCCAGUAGUAUAACUGAUAUCACAAAUAGUGAUUUAUUCUCAAUUGGAGAUAAUGAUGGCCAGCAACCUCGCCCAGCUAAGGCACAAUCAUCAUCACCAAAUGGUCAGCAGAAUACAUUCCAAGAUGUGGCCCUUGUGGAACCCUUACAGCCUACUGAACCAGUGGACUACAUGUCUUCACACGAUAUCCUUGACCAUCAGAGACAAAGGCGACUAUCAAACAGCUCAUUUGCAAGUGAUGUAUCCUUCAGACUACCAAGUUAUGAAACUCCUUCUAUGUACCAUUUACAGUCUGAUAUGGAAGUCUCUGCUAGUGAAGCUGAAGAGCGAGGUUUCUCCAGUGGAAAUGUCAGUCUUGAUCGGGUCACAAAAGAACAACUAUAUGCUGCAUACCGACGCACACAAGAAAGAUACACUAAGUACAGAACCCAAUAUGGUGACUUAGCUCGUCACUACAAAUUAUUGGAAAGAGAAAAUGCUAAAGCAAGGAGUGUCUUGGUCGAAACACAAGAUAAAGCCUUAAGACGAAUAUCAGAACUUCGAGAGCAAUGUGCGUUGGAACAAAGUGCAAAGGCCCACCUAGAAAAAGCUCUUCGUGUUGAAAUUGAAGAAAAAUGCAUGAAAAUCGAAGCUCUUAAUACUAAAGUCCAAUUACUACAAAGUAAUUCAAAUAUUUCUAGUAGUAAUGAUAAAAAUGAGAACAAACCUAAAUCUGAAGGAGAUGGAGAUGUACAACUAAUAAAUCUAUCUAGUGAUAAUGAGGGAAAUCAAAUUAGUGAAGAAUCUUCAGCAGCGGAAAUAAUCGCACUGAAUAAUAAAAUUGAAAAAAUGGAACAACUUCUGAAUAAGUACAAAGAAUCUUUGAAGUCUAGUAAAGAGAAAAACUCCCAAAUUACUACAGAGAUACAAAUUCUAUCAAACGAACUUGAAAACAAAAAUAAAGAAAUUGAACAACUUAAAGUCAGUUCUGAUCAACUGGUAGAAUCCAAACAAAAAAUCCAGGAAUUAAAUAAUAUAAAUGAAGAAUUACAGAACAAAAUUAAUGUGUAUGAAUUUAAUAAAACGAGAGAAGUAUCGACAUUAGAACUCGAUUUCCAAAAAGCCCAAGAAGAAAUAACAGAAUUACGCGGUAAAAUAGAAGUAUUUAGCAAGCGAGAAGAAGAGUACGCUAUUUCUUUAGCAGAAAAUAAAUUGAGUAUACACAAAGAGUUGGAAAGUAAAGAAACAGAAAUUAAAUCUCUAAAAGAUUAUUUGGAAGCCAGCAAAAAAGAAAUACAAUCAUUGAACAUAGUCGUAAAUGACUAUAAAAAUAAUGUAACGUCUUUGGAAGCAGAAAAAGCUAAACUCAGUCAAGAUAUCGCUGAACUGAAUUCUUUCAAAACUAAGAUUUCCGAGUUGGAGGCCCAAAUAGAAGAAUUGACCAAAAAGUGUCAGAGUUUAGAACAAACGAAAACAAAAGCAGAUGAAGGAUACAAAUGUCUGCAGUUACAAAUGAAACAAGAAACUGCAGAGAAAUUAGCCAUGAUUGAUAGAAACACAUACUUAGAAAACAGGAAUACACAGUUAAGUGAAGAAAAUGCCAAGAAAAGCUCUCAGAUAGGACAAUUAGAAAUUGAAUUGCAAAAACGAGAAAAGAUCUUAAAGGAUCAAGCCUUGGAAGACUCCAAGAAAGAUGAAGUUUUUGAAGAAUUGAGUAUAUGGAAAGACAAAUACGCAAAACUAGAGUCCGAAAUACAAGAAGAAAGGGAUGAAUUGAUCAAAUUACAAUCUGAAAUUGAGAAACUGUUAGCAAAUCAUGAGCUACUACAAAACCAAAAUAUCGAGUUCCGUAAGGUUGUUACUGAAUUGAAAUCUGAGAAUGCAAUCAUGCACGAAAAAGUCGUCAAAAACACUAAAAUGAAAGCAGGUAUCAUAAAACUUGGAAAUGAAAUUCUGGAUUUAAGAAAACUUAUCUUUUUAGUUUCGAGUGAGGCAAAGUCGUUACAAGCCAUCAAUAAUGAAGCAUUUAUAUCCUUAACUAAAGAAAUAAAUUAUGCUUUCAACAACAUUUCGCAUUGCGAAACCAAUUCCAAUAAUAACAAACUGAAUGAAUUAAGACAAGAAAAUAACAAGUUGCAGAAAGAACUGAAAGUAGGUGUAGAAAAGUAUGAGACACUGAAUUUAGAAUUAAAUGCCCUUCGUGAUGAAAAUAAUAAUUUGAAGUCAACUAUUACUGAGUUUGAAUUACAAAAGAACCUCAUAGAUGAAGAAGUAAAAAAUAUUACAGAACGCUAUGAAGUAGCUAUAAAUGAGCUGAAUUUCGUUAAAGAGGAAAAAGAAAACUUACAGUACAAGAUCAAAGAAUAUGAAAACAACUUCCAAAAUCUACAAAUAGCUAUGGAGUUUGAGAAAUCACAGUAUCUUGAAUCUAAUGAAAAACUAAAACUGUUGGAAAAUGAGAAACAGACAUUGGAGGACAAACUAAAUAUUUUGAUGAAUGAAGGUAAUGUGUCGAACAAAGAAUUAGUUGCCCUCACAGAUGUGCACAACAAUACGUUAAGUGAACUUGAUGCUAUAAAGAAUGAGAAUAAUAAGUUGAUUGUUCAAACAGAAGAACUCAACAAACAAAUUGCCAGCAUGCAUAAGUUAGAAGAGGAUAACAAAAAUUUAACACUAGAAAAUACAUCUCUGAAGACUCAAGUAGAAAGCAUUGCUGACAAUUAUAAAAAACUGGAAACAGAAAUCAAUGACGUACGGAAAUCACAUGCUGAUAUGGAAGUAGAAAAAGAUAAUUUGAAUGAAAUUAAUAAUACAUUGACUAUUCAAACAGAAGAACUCAACAAACAAAUUGCCAGCAUGCAUAAGUUACAAGAGGAUAACAAAACUUUAACACUAGAAAAUACAUCUCUGAAGACUCAAGUAGAAAGCAUUGCUGACAAUUAUAAAAAACUGGAAACAGAAAUCAAUGACGUACGGAAAUCACAUGCUGAUAUGGAAGUGGAAAAAGAUAAUUUGAAUGAAAUUAAUAAUACAUUGACUGUUCAAACAGAAGAACUUAAGAAACAGAUUGCCAGCAUUAAUAAGUUACAAGAAGAUAACAAAACUUUAACACUUGAAAAUAUAUCUCUGAAAACUCAAGUAGAGAACAUUGCUGACAGUUAUAAAAAACUCGAAAUAGAAAUCAAUGAUGUACGAAAAUCACAUGCUGAUAUGGAAGUAGAAAAAGAUCAUUUGAACGAAAUCAUAGAAAAAUUGGAAAGUAGUUCAUGUAAAAACACGCAAAACAAUGAAUGUCAAACAGACGAUCUAGUAGCACAAACAGCAGCCGAAGAAGAAAUAAAAAGUGUCCAAGCAAGUGACCUUGGGAAAGUGAGCUCAACUAGCAUUGAGGAUACCAAUCUAGAAAAAGGCGUGCCUUCAGAUGAUCAAUACAAAUUAUUGAAAUCUGAUUAUGACGCCUUAAAAGAAGAAAACAGACGUUUUAAAUCAGAUAUUGAAGGCUUACAAACAUAUUUAACUAAAAUAUCAAAGGAAAACAGUGUUUUGAAUGAUAAACUCCGGGAGCUUAUAGCUACAAGUGAACAUUCCACUGACAACACUGAUAUUGCUAAUGAUUUGACAGACCUGAAAAAAGAGGCUUUGUUCAGGAAAGAGAAGAUCGAUGAUCUGUUACGAGAAAACAUGUUACUGGUGGAGGAAAAUUUGGAACUCAAGGAUCAAUUGCAGUCCCAAAAUUAUCCUAAACCAGAAAUAAACUCGAAACAAGAAAACGAUAAUUCGUUAAGAGAAAAGUACAAUAAUUUAUUGCAAGUAAACAGCACAUUAGAAAAACGACUUAACGAUUUAGAGCAAAUGAACAAAUCUGUGAAUGGUAACAUGUCACAAAUUCAGGAAAAGAAUGAAAAGUUAAGAUUGUCUAAUGAGAAGCUCGAGAGGCGCCUUGAUGAGGCUCUCGUUAGUCUUAGACAUUUACAUUCGUUACAAGAAAAUACAGAGCUAGAAUAUUUGCGCAAUAUACUUUAUGAGUACCUUACUGGUUCUGGAACACAUUCCGUUACUUUAGCUAAAGUGUUAGCGGCCAUAGUCAAGUUUGACGACAUGCAAACCAAACAAGUUUUGCAAAAAGAAAAAGAACGACAAGGAUUCUUGCGACAACUUGGCAUUAUAUGAUACGAAAUGUCACCUGAAGAUGCUUUAUUAACUUUAUAACAAUUUAUUAAGUUUUAUAAAUAAAUAGAAAAGAAAUCAAAUGUAAAUUUUAUGGUAAUCCAUAGUUUUGUUGUUUGUAAAUUAUUGUUAUUUUUAAAACAUUAUAAUAAUUAUGUAUAAUGAAUUAAAUGUAUUUUAACUCAA